CUUCAGUCGGACGAGCGUUGUCGUGGCAUAGUCGUGUGUAUUAUUUAGAAACGUAUUUGUUAUCAUUUUACGCCAACUAGUGUUUUGUAUCAAACAUAGCCCACGCAUUAACAAUUAUAAACAGUAUUAUGAACAAGAUGUACUUCGGUGGCGUUGAGGGGGGAGCAACACAUUCGAAUCUGGUGAUAUGCAACGAAUCUGGCAAGGUCGUGGGCAAGGCGCGAGGACCAGGCACCAACCACUGGGCGCUAGGCAUAGAAGAGUGUGCUAAACGAAUCAUUGAUAUGGUUCACGCUGCCAAAGAAGAUGCUGGUAUUCCCUUGGACCAACCGAUUGACUCUUUGGGUCUCACGUUGUCGGGGUGCGAGCAGGAGAGCAGCAAUGCGGACCUCGCGGUUCGUGUGCGGGAGAAGGACGGAGCAUGCGCAGGCGCUAUAUACGUAGCAUCAGACACAGCUGGUUCCCUGUUUACAGGGGCACCAAAUGGAGGAAUGGUGCUUAUAGCUGGUACUGGAUCGAAUGCAUUACUGAGGACUCCGGAUGGUCAGCAAUAUGGCUGUGGAGGUUGGGGCUACCUCUUGGGUGAUGAGGGAGGCGCAUACUGGAUAGCCCAUCGUGCAGUCAAAGCGAUAUUUGACGACGAAGAUGGUUUGCUGCCGUCGCCACAUCCAACUGUACGGGUUUGGGAAGUAAUCAGUGAACACUUCAAAGCUGAAACACGUGCUGAUCUUCUUCCCCACGCGUAUAAACACUUUGAUAAGUCGCAUUUUGCAGGUCUCACAGCGAAGCUCUCGAAAUUAGCAGAGCAAGGCGACGCGCUGUCGCAGCACGUGUUCGCGGGCGCGGGCGCGGCGCUGGCGGCGCACGCGGCGGCGCUCGCCGAGCGCGCGCACGGCGCCCGCAACGGCACGAGCGCCGCGCUGCGGGUCGUCUGCGUGGGCUCGGUGUGGAACAGCUGGGAUGCGCUGCGACCUGGGGUCUUGAAGCAAUUAGCUGCGAGACGGGUAAAAAUUGAGUUAGAACUCGUUCGACUCAAGGUCUCGAGCGCUAUGGGCGCAGCUUGGCUUGCAGCUAAACACGUCAACUACAGCCUGCCCCGAGACGAUUCAGCAUUCUGUGAAGUUUUCUACACGUAUCGGCCCGAUGUGAAUGGCAAAGUUAAUGGAACACACAACGGUAAGCUGGAUAACGGACUCCAAGGUUGCGGCUUUGCAACGGGUAUCGUAGGUUAUGUUAGUGCUAAAGAAAAAGUAUCGGCUGCUUCUGUGAUAAGUUUAUCAGGUAGAAGGGAUAAGUAUAACUUUAUAGCUGAUGUUGUGGCUGUGUCUGCUCCGUCAGUGGUGUAUAUAGAGAUUAAAGAUGACAGACGGCGUGAUAUAGUGACUGGUCAGUCGAUCACCUUGUCCAACGGAUCUGGAUUUAUUGUUAAAGAAGAUGGACUUAUAUUGACGAACGCUCAUGUGGUCGUGAACAAGCCUAAUGCUACAGUUAAUGUUCGAUUAAUGGAUGGCUCCAACCAUACAGGAUUUGUCGAGGAUGUUGAUUUGAAAUCAGACUUAGCGACACUACGGAUUCCGGUGAAAAACUUACCUACAAUGAAGCUCGGGUCUUCAGCUGACAUCAAGCCUGGCGAGUGGGUGGUAGCGAUGGGCAGCCCUCUAGCUCUGAGCAAUACUGUGACUGCAGGUGUUAUUAGUUCUACGCAGAGGGCGAGUGAAGAACUUGGCUUAAUAGGCAAAGACAUGGUCUAUAUCCAAACAGACGCACCGAUAACCUUCGGUAACAGUGGCGGCCCGCUCGUGAACUUGGACGGUGAAGCCAUCGGUAUUAACAGUAUGAAGGUCACGUCUGGAAUAUCAUUUGCCAUACCAAUCGACUAUGUUAAGGAGUUUCUAGCUAAAAGCAAAACGAAGUCACCACCAGUGUCCCGGAGGUAUUUGGGUAUAACGAUGCUGUCGCUCACACCGAAUAUUCUCUUCGAAUUACGAAUGAGAAAUCCAGAGAUGCCGUCUGACAUCGAUCAUGGUAUUCUGGUGUGGAAAGUCAUCAUUGGAUCACCGGCUUACAACGGAGGCCUACAGCCAGGUGACAUCGUGACGAGCAUCAAUGGCAGCCCAGUCCGGAGCGCCGGAGACCUCUAUAGUGUUCUGGAGACUGCCCCGGGGAAGCUCUCGAUGCUGAUAGUCCGAGGGAAGACCAGGACCACUGUCACCAUCACGCCAGAAAUACAUUAAGAUUAUUAAUUAUAUUAUAUAUACAUGUUAAUAAAUAUAUUGACUUU